GGUGCUAAACUAAGACUGGCUCCACGUGCGUUCGCUUUUAUUUGCGAAUAUAUACUCAACUGUUUUUAUUCAUUAAAACACUCAAGAUGCCUCCUGUAAAAAAACCUAAGCCGCAAAAUAUUAAACAAGCUUCUCCCACUAAAAAAGUCGAUGAAACUAAGGAUGUAGUCUCUGGACAGCUGAAAAAGAAAAUGCAAAAGGCGAAGAAACGGCCAGUGGAGAAACUAAAACGUGGAAUAGUCUUGGUUAAGCACUUGCCCCAUGGUUUUUUCGAAGAUCAGUUGCGCAAAUAUUUCCAGCAGUUCGGGCGCGUGACACGUUUACGUCUGGCACGGUCUAGGCGAACCGGCGGUAGUAAGGGAUUUGCAUUUGUUGAGUUUGAAUAUCCAGAAGUGGCAAAAGUUGCUGCCGACACCAUGGACAACUACCUCAUGUUCCAAAAAGUGGUCAAGGCCGCAUACAUCCCACCAGAGGAACAAAAAUUCAAUUACUUUAAGACUUCUGUGAGGCAAGUCACAAAUAAUGCUGGCAAGAAAAUUUUUGUAUCAAACAAAACGAAAUCCAUAUUGCGUAGAAAAGAUGCGCAAAAUAAUUGGGACGAGUCCGCAUCCCAGAAGCGCAUUACUAAGGGACUUGCAAAACUUAAAAAGUUCCAAAAGGAAUAUGAACAUCUAGGCAUUGAUUUCUCUGGCGUGCUUAUUAAGCCGGAAAAAAAAUCUAAGCAGUCUAAUGUGCCUGUGGCAAAGUCUACGAAAGCAGAGGCAACAAGCGAUACCACCACGGUGGCUAAGGUUUCCAAGUCGACAAAGAAGGCUGAAUCAAAAAAAGAUCUUAAUCUGUCUGCCUUGUUGGGUAAUACUUUAAAUGAAGAUUCUGAUGAUGAGGACUAUGAACAAGUGCCUUCCAGCAAUGAAAGCGAGGAGGAACUUGAGUUCUUAGAGUCUGAUGAUAGCGAUGAUGAUGACGAGGAAGACCUACAAUUGGAGGACUUAUUGGGAAACAGCCUGGACGAGGAUUCCAUGGAUGAAGACUACGAAGAGAGCAUUAAUGACGAUGACGUGGAAGAGGAAAGUUUUGAAGCUGAGAAAUCUGACACUGAUAGUGAUGAGGAGGAAGAAUUGUCACCGCCUCCCAAGAAAACACAAAAGAAAUUAAUAGGCGUUGAUCGUCAACUGGAGCUCAUCAAACGCAGGCCGGGAACUGGUGGCAUUCAAAAGAAGAAAAACAUCAUUGCUCCUGCCAAGCCAACUAAGAAGGCAGCUACAAAAACGCUGCAGCUAGCAGAUGCAAAGAAACAGGCAAAAUCUUUAAAUAAGAUCAAAACCAAGAAACUAAAGAAGUGAGUGGCAAAAAACGCCUUAUUUAGAUGUAAUAUAUUUACCAUUUAAAAUAAGUUAGCAAACAAUGUGUAAAAGAAAAAUUGUGUUAUGUAUAAAUAUUAUGCUUUUAUGUACA